AUGAGCAGCCUCCUUGGGCAGCUCAACGCAAGAGAACAAAGCCUCUUCAUCGCCGCCAUCGCAGAUGUAUACGACCACAACCUGCACCUGGACGAUAAAGCAUUGGGCAUACUCUUGACGCAAAACCCCCCCACGAUACUUAUCAACAGUCACGACCCCAUUACUCCUCACCAUUGCGAGACCGUUGAAGAACCCUAA